UUAAUAAUAUUAAAAAAAAACACAAAAUUUUUAUUUUACUAAAAAAGAGCUAUUUAUUAUAAAAAUUUUGGACAAAUCAAUAAAAAGUCCUAGCUAUUAAUGAGAUAACAAAAAGAAGGAUAGGAGCAAAUGAGCAAUAGUGAAAGAAAUAUUAAAAUGGUGUAGCAAUAUAAAAUAUAUAAGGAUAGAAUUCUUGGGAAAGGAACUUUUGGAUAUGUUUUUCAGGGAGAAAACACUAAAAAUAAAUAAAUAGUCGCAAUUAAGAUGGUUCCUUUGAAAGAAUUUAAGUUUAAACCUGAAAAGAUAAUACCAUCUUUAAAAAAUGAAAUUAAAAAUAUGUAAAUGCUUCAUCACAAGAAUACAGUUUAGUUAUAUGACGUUAUUAAAACAGAUAACAAUUUAUACAUGGUUGUUGAGUUUUGCAAUUAAGGAAAUUUAGACAAGUACAUAAAGCAGAAAAACCUUUCGGAAGAAAAAUGCAUCAAUAUUAUGUUUUAGAUAGUUGAGGGUUUCAAGUGUUUAAACUAAAAUAAUAUAGUUCAUAGAGAUUUAAAGCCUGAAAACAUUCUCUUGCAUGAUAAAACCGUUAAAAUAGCAGAUUUUGGCUUUUCCAAAGUGGUCGAAGCAGGUAUGGAUGAACCUAUAAUCACAUCAUUCGUCGGCACACCGCUUUACAUGUCACCAUAAAUUUUAUAAAAGUAGAAUUACUCAUCAAAAACAGAUAUUUGGUCAUUAGGCAUGAUAUUUUAUGAGUUGAUUUAUACUAAGAGAGCUUGGGAAGGUAAAAGUUAUUGUGAUUUGUUGGAUAAUAUCUUGAAAAAGCCACUGCAAUUUCCAGAGAUUCCUAAAGUUCACUAGCAAACAAAAUAAAUUAUUAGAAGAAUGCUUCAAUAAAAAGAGGAAGAUAGAAUAAGCUGGGAAGAACUCUUUUAGUUUUUCUCUGUAGAAAAUCUGAGAUAAGUCUAUUCUGAUUUUUCUAACAAUUCAUAUCUUUAGCACCAAUAAAAUUUACAAUUAAAUUAGCUUUACGAUUAGAAUUAAAAAUAGCCACAUAAUCCUUCAUCUCCAACUUCAACAUUCUCCAUGAAAAGUGAAAAAAUAGAUGAAGAAGAAAAGCAAAUAAGUGGUUUCUCAGAUAAAAUUCAUUCAGAUACAAAUUUAAAUAGAAUGGAUGAAGAAAGCAAUGGAAGUUAUCCAGGAAUUCAACAAUAAAAAUCAUAGGACAGCCAAGAUAAUGAUAUCAUGAAUGAAUCUUAAAUGAAUGGUUUGCUAGAAUACUUUACCUAAAACAUUAAUGUAGCAUAACAAUUUUAACUAGUUCUUUAGUUGUAAUAGCUAUUAAAUAGAAAGAGAGGCUAGAAAUUAACAAUAACAGAAGUAAAGUAGAUGGUGAUGGAUCAAUUAAAGCCAUAAAGCAAUGUAAACAACACAUAAAAUUAGUAAUUUUAAUAAUAACAAGCAAGAGGAGGAUUAUUUGCAAAUAGUAACCUUAUGAUGCAACAAUAAAGCUUAUUAUUUAAUAGAUAAAAUUAAAAUGGUUAAGGACAUUCUCCUUUUUAAAAAUAAUAGCAAGACUAAACAAGCUAAUCCUAACAAAACAAUAAUAGUAUUAUUAAAUAGGAAAGUAGUCAAAAUGGAAAUGGAAACGAAAUGAAUUUUGAUUAAACUUAUAACAACAAACAAAAUGGUUGUUACAACAUAGAUGAUAUCGAUUGA